AGGAGUCCUUGCGGCUCACAGACGCAGAAAAACUGGGGCGGUGACUCUUCUGCACCUCCUUCCUAGUUCUGGACCGCGCGCGGAUUUUCGCCGCUCUCGGGCAGGAAGAAGGUAGCUGAACUUCGCAUUCCUGCCGUAAACUCAUCUCCCAGCUGAGCAGAGCGAAGCGGAGCGGCGAGCCGGGUCCCACCAUGGCCGCGAAUUAUUCCAAUACAAGUAACAAGAGAGAACAUAUGAAAAUUACAACGGACCCCCAGCCAGGCUUCCUGGAGCGGCUGAGUGAGACCUCCGGUGGGAUGUUUGUGGGACUCAUGACCUUCCUGCUCUCCUUCUACUUAAUCUUCAGCAAUGAGGGUCGUGCGUUGAAGACGGCAACCUCCCUGGCCGAGGGGCUCUCGCUUGUGGUAUCCCCCGACAGCAUCCACAGCGUGGCCCCAGAGAAUGAGGGGAGGCUGGUGCACAUCAUUGGGGCUCUGCGGACGUCCAAGCUUUUAUCUGAUCCAAACUAUGGUGUCCACCUCCCAGCCGUGAAGCUGAAGCGGCACGUGGAGAUGUACCAGUGGGUAGAAACUGAGGAGUCCAGGGAGUACACGGAGGACGGGCAGGUGAAGACGGAGCGGAAGUACUCCUACAACACUGAAUGGAAGUCAGAAAUCGUCAAUAGCAGAAACUUUGAUCGCGAGAUUGGCCACAAAAACCCCAGUGCCAUGGCAGUGGAGUCCUUCACGGCAACAGCCCCCUUUGUCCAAAUUGGCCGCUUUUUCCUCUCAGCAGGCCUCAUUGACAAAGUUGACAAUUUCAAGCCGCUGAGCCUUUCCAAGCUGGAGGACCCACAUGUCGACAUCAUUCGUCGAGGAGACUAUUUCUAUCACAGUGAAAACCCCAAGUAUCCAGAGGUCGGAGACCUGCGAGUCUCCUUUUCCUAUGCAGGGCUGAGCGGCGAUCACCCUGACCUGGGCCCAGCUCAUGUGGUCACCGUGAUUGCCCGACAGCGGGGUGACCAGCUGGGCCCAUAUUCCACCAAGUCUGGGGACACCUUGCUUCUCCUGCAUCAUGGGGACUUCUCAGCAGAGGAGGUGUUUCGUAGAGAACAGAAGAGCAACUCCUUGAAGACUUGGGGCCUGCGCGCUGCUGGCUGGAUGGCCAUGUUUAUGGGCCUCAAUCUCAUGACACGGAUCGUCUAUACCUUGGUGGACUGGUUCCCCAUCUUCCGAGACCUGGUCAACAUUGGCCUGAAAGCCUUUGCCUUCUGUGUGGCCACCUCGCUGACCUUGCUGACCGUGGCUGCUGGCUGGCUCUUCUACCGGCCCCUGUGGGCCCUCUUCAUUGGCUCCCUGGCCGUGGUGCCCAUCAUUAUCGCUCGGACCCGGGUGCCUGCCAAAAAACUGGAGUGAGCCAAGCCCUGGCAGCCACCGAAACCCACAUGGAUCCUAGGACCUCAGGAUCCAGGUCACCCCACCCCCUUCAAGCGCCACACCCGGGGUACGAACCCGGAUCAGUUUUGGAUUCUGCACCCACUCUGCUCUUCAGAAGGCCUGGCCGACAGUGCGCAUGUGUGUUUCGUGUUUGGUGUCCUGCAGUUACGUCUUCCCCACUCCUUUCUUGCCAGUGAGCAGCUUUGGAGCAGAGGGCAGCUCUUGCCUAGCAGCAUAACGAGCUCUCCGCUUGUUUCUUUCCUUCUCCUGGGAACUCACCGAGUGGCCGGUUCAUGUUUCACCAAGCCAGUGUCUGCAGACAAGGCGUCGACAUACUGCACCUGCUGUCCCAUCACUCCCUGUCCCUCAUUCUUGGAGGCAGCAACUGCACCCGCCAUGAUGCUGCAGAGCCACGCUUAGCAAUUGUUAGUCCCAGCAUCACUGAGAUUGACUGAUCAGCACAAUCCCCACCAUGCCAAGUUUGUGGCUACAACUUGAGUUGGCGCUUAAAACAGGAAAACCACUGAAGGUGGCAUGAAGAGGAAAACGGACAUUUACUGGGCUGUCCCGGUAUUCUGUAGUUUGGCAGGACCUGUCAAGUGAGUGGCUCUGCAAAGCCCUGGUUCAUUUUCUCUCUGUUACUUCACCUUUUCCUUCUACUCUCCCCCUGGAGGAAGUUGUUGGGAAAAAGAUUUUAAAAACAAAAAACCUGAGUGAUUACCAUUUCAGACUGUUACAGAAAAGCACCCUUUUUCUAGUCAGUUGAAGUCAAUUCAGAGCUCAAAAAGGUGUUAAAUGGGGGUGUAAUAUACACGGUUGGAAAAAAGUUACCUGUUAGUGUUCCGGGUCACUGGGAAGCUUUCACAUGCUUUUGAAACAAGUAGCAAAGGAGUUAUCUUCACUCGAGGAGGCAAUGGGGAAUGGCUACAGGGCGAGAAAAGCCCUGCCUUUCAUCCUCUGGCUUCAGAAACUCUUUACUUGAAGAUGACUAAGUUUUUAAGUUAACCAAUUAAGGACAAAGUUGGAAGCUUCCUUAUGCCAAGUGGGCCCCUUCCUGGUGACCCCCUGCUAACCAAAUGGAGCAUCAGCAGCUGAGGCUGCUGGAGAGGGCCCCACCUGGCGCCUCCGUCCUGGGGCUCUCGGCCUCGGCAUCAGCCUCAAGUGGCUGCUUCAGGGCCUGGUUUCAUCUGUUACUCGUCCACAGCUUUACUCUUCCUAAAUAAAUGUGUGCUUGCUUACUUCAUAUUAAUUCCUUAGUUUCCCAAGUGCUCUCACACCUUGUGAAAGAGAAAGUAUGUGAUAACCUGUUGUCUUAAAUAUCCUCACAGCCUUUGUUUUCCUGGGUAUGGUUUGCUUUAGCAAGUAAGUAUUUGGUAGUUAAACAAAGGGUCAGAACUUUCAAAACUAAUAAUCUAGUAGUAAUGUCUUGUCCUGGGGUAUCUAUGCUAUCAACUGGGAUCCCCCAUAUUAAAAAACAGCCCCAGAAAUGACUUAUCUGGGCUUAAGGGCUGAAAUAGUAUUCACUGCUGUUCAUUAGGAGCAGUUUCAUCAACUCUUUAAAUCCUCCAAGGAUGCCUUUGGAAAAGAGUAUAGCUAGCUGGUGGCUAAACUCAAGAUGCUUGGAAUUUGGUCUGUGUGACUUUUUUUCUUGUACUUAUUUUAAAUUACUGUCAAUUUCAAAAGUGUUCCUAAGAGCAAAUUAUGUUAAAAAAACAUUUGGUGUCUUUGGAAAAUAAUCAUGAAAUUUGUAUUCUUUGUAUUUUUGAUAAAAAUUCAAAAUAAAUUUAAAAAUAUCUUGGUAUAGGACCUUGCUGUUAUUC